UUGUUGUGAACAGACUUUGUUGCCAUAUUUAUCCUGAACUCUAUUGAACCAAAAUAUUAAAGGGAUCUUAAGUAACUAACUAGUGUAUUUUGUUUGUUUUUUUUAAACCAGUGAUGGAUUUCAAAAAAUAUCAUGGUAAUAAUUUCACAGAAGAUAGUGUUGAUAUACAACUGUGGACUGAUAAAGGUCUUAUUGAACGUGGAAAGGAUAGACUUUGUCGCCACGGUCCUAAAGCUAAAUGUGUCCAUUGUACUCCAUUAGAGCCUUAUGAUGAGGCUUACAUGAAGGAACAUAACAUUAAACAUAUGUCUUUUCACUCGUAUUUGAGAAAAAUGACGGCUGGAGUUGACAGGGGUAAAUUUGCCGCUCUAGAUAAUAUUAGUUGUAAAAUAAAGGAAGGCUGCAAGGAUCAUUCUCCUUGGCCUGCUGGUAUUUGUACCAAAUGUCAACCAAGCGCCAUUACUUUGACUCGUCAAGAUUAUCGACAUGUAGAUAACAUAGUGUUUGAAAAUGCUAAAAUUGUUGAACGUUUUCUCGAUUAUUGGCGUUUUACUGGUCAUCAAAGGAUAGGAUUUCUUUAUGGAUAUUAUGAAGUACAUAAAGACUUACCUUUAGGUAUAAAAACAACGGUGGUUGCAAUAUACGAGCCUCCUCAAGAAACUGGUCGUGAUUUUGUUAAACUAAACUGGCCUGAACCGAAUCAAACUGAAGUUGAUUCCAUAGCAAAAAAGUUAAAUUUGCAACGAGUAGGCUGGAUUUUUACUGAUCUCAUCCCUGAUGAUGUGACUAAAGGAACUGUCAAGCAUUUACGCUCAGCAGACUCUUAUUUUCUUAGUGCUCAAGAGUGCAUUCUGGCCGGACACUUUCAAAAUGUUUAUCCCAAUGCAUGUAGACUUUCAACUCAAGGCUACUUCGGGUCAAAAUUUGUCACUGUUUGUGUUACUGGAGACAAAGACAAUCAAAUUCAUAUGGAAGGUUAUCAAGUUUCCAAUCAAUGUAUGGCGCUAGUUAAUGAUAACUGCCUUUUACCUACAAGAGAUGCUCCAGAAUUGGCCUUUGUUCGUGAAACAACAAAAGAUCAGUAUGUACCUGACGUAUUUUACACAGAAAAGGAUAAAUUUGGCAAUGAAAUAAAAAAGGUUGCUCGAACCUUACCAGUCGAAUAUCUCUUAGUUGAUGUCCCAGUUUCAGCACCAGUUGAGCCCAAGUUUACUUUCAACUGUACUAAGGACAAAAACCCUUUCCCUAUUGAAAAUAGAUCAAUUCAAGGUCACAUUCAAGAUUUUCAAACUUUAACGAAUUACUUGAGCCAGUUUACGAAGGCACAAUUUUUAUUAGCUGCUCAAGAUUUCCAUUUUAUAUUAUAUAUUGCAACUAUGGAUAUGCUGCCAUUAAAAGGAUCCAUUGACCCUCUUCUUGAAGCAAUUAACAGUAAAAACAGCCAAGCUGCUAUUGAAUGGACAAACAAUGAUGAAUGGCAAACCGUAGAACAACUCAUAGCUGCUCAAAGUUCAUCGGCAUCCUCACAGCCUUCAUCGAGUAGUAAUGUUUCAAGACAAGAAGCUUCUGCGGGUAAUGGUAAUGAUGAUAUAACAAUUGUCUGGUCUUGUUCAUUUUGUACUUUCGAGAAUCCAAAUGGAUCUGGUAGCUGCGAAAUGUGUGGCUUACCCAGGCAUUCUGGUUAACAUUAAUUAACUUGAAGCUAUUUUGCUAUUCUCAAUUCUCCUUUUUUUGUAAUGAAAGCAAAAAAUUCAAAAUUGAUAGAAGAAAAGAAAUGACAAAUUCGUUUAUGUUGUAAAUACUUA